AUGAUGAAUUCUGACUUGACCAUAUGCCGAAUUCCGGCGUCAAAGUCUGCAGGAUCGAUCGAACAAAUUGAUUGGUACCACUUCUGCAGCAGAUCAGCGUUCACAAAUCGUCAGCUGAGAGACCAUUAUCUUGUGAUUCUUGAACAAGAACGAAUUCCAUUUUGCCGCCGCUUUAUUCUCGGGAGGUGCUUGGCCGAACUUCAGUCCAGCUUUUGCGAACAGCCUACGAAGAUCAUCUAA